GCACUGCAUCGGUCGCAAUUAGGCCAUCACUUCACUCCAAACACCUUCCUCGUCCGUCUUUGUGUGGGCGUUAGGCCAAUUGUCAAAAUGCAGUCCGCGCAGCUGAAGAUGAAGGCCUCGUCGGGCGCUGGCGCGCGCCUGUCGCGCCCUUCCCGCGCUCGUAUGGUGGCGCGCGCUCAGAAGGGUGCUGUGCCCCCUGCCUGCUGGCCCCAGCGCGUGGUGCCGCCUGAGGUGGAGCACCGCAGCGAGCCCAAGCGCUUCUCGGUGCUGGGCUCCACCGGUUCUAUCGGCACUCAGACCCUGGACAUCAUGGCUGAGUUCCCCGACAAGUUCAAGCUGGUGGCGCUGGCCGCUGGCUCCAACGUGAAGCUGCUGGCCGAGCAGAUCCGCAAGUUCAAGCCGGAGAUGGUGGCUGUGAAGGAUGCCUCCAAGAUCGCGGAGCUCAAGGAGGCGAUCAAGGACGUGUCUCCCCAGCCUGUGAUCCUGGCGGGCGAUGAGGGCGCUGUGGAGGUGGCGCGCCACCCCAACGCCGAGUCUGUGGUGACCGGCAUUGUGGGCUGCGCCGGCCUGCUGCCCACCGUGGCCGCCAUCAAGGCGCGUAAGGAGAUCUGCCUGGCCAACAAGGAGACCCUCAUUGCGGGCGGCCCCUUCAUCCUGCCGCUGGCCCAGGAGUACGGCUCCAAGAUCCUGCCCGCCGACAGCGAGCACAGCGCCAUCUUCCAGGUGAUGCAGGGCCUGCCCGAGGGCGGCCUGCGCCGCAUCAUCCUCACCGCCUCGGGCGGAGCCUUCCGCGACUGGCCCGUGGAGAAGCUGCGGGAGGUGACGGUUGCCCAGGCCACCAGCCACCCCAACUGGUCCAUGGGCAAGAAGAUCACCGUGGACAGCGCAACACUCAUGAACAAGGGUCUGGAGGUGAUUGAGGCUCACUACCUGUUCGGAGUGGACUACGACAACAUCGACAUCGUCAUCCACCCCCAGUCCAUCAUCCACUCCAUGAUCGAGACGCAGGACUCCUCCGUGCUGGCGCAGCUGGGCUGGCCCGACAUGCGCCUGCCCAUCAUGUACACCAUGUCCUGGCCCGAGCGAGUGCCGGUCCAGGACGCCACCUGGCCCCGCCUGGACUUUACCAAGGCCAACAACCUCACCUUCCGGGCGCCCGACCGCGCCAAGUACCCCUCCAUGGACCUGGCCUACGCCGCCGGCCGCGCCGCCGGCACCAUGACGGGCGUGCUGUCCGCCGCCAACGAGCAGGCGGUGCAGAUGUUCAUCGACGAGAAGAUCCACUACCUGGACAUCAUGAAGCUCAACGAGGCGUGCUGCGAGGCGCACAAGGCCGACCUGGUUGCCAGCCCCGACCUGGACACCAUUGUGCACUACGACGCCUGGGCGCGGCGCUGGGUGGCGGACCACGUCAACAGCGGCAGCUUCAAGUCCAAGGUGCUGGCCAUGGCCUAAACAGUGCUAGCUAGGUGUUGUCUAGCUAGCUGAGUUGUUCAUCGGGCUGGCUGAUUGCAGGCAGGCGGAGGUAACGGCCACCAUGGGUGUGAUAGUGUGGUUAGGGAUUGAUAGCAGGGUGGGCUGGGAGGAGCAGGUGGAGGUAUCGAAGUGUAGAGGUGCGGGUGACUGAGCAUGUGUGUGUUGAUGCGUUGGGAGGACAGGAGUAAGGUGGCUGGGCAUGGAGUGACCAAAGGACGUGGGUUUCACAGUUUCGGACGCGCGCGGUGCUGUGCGUGAUUUGUUGGUCAAGGCGCUGUUGAAUGCGCUGGGUACGGUACGGAGGCAGGCGGAGUGCGGCAGCGGCCAAUUUUGCAUGAGGCAGGCCGUGCGCGUUCGCCUACCGGAGUGGCGGGGCCGUCGGGUUUGGAUUUUGGAAAGCGGGAGGGUUUCGACUUGGUCUGAUCAAGCGGCGGUAUGCUUUUCGGCAAGGUAGGUGUGUAAGGAUCGUAGACACGUGACUACAUGCAAAUUUCAGAAACGCGGGAGAGACGAGGCGCCCACGUGGUCACGUGUUAGCGGCGUCGUGCGGCGGUGGCCAUAAGGCAAGCGCGGGGCCUGGUGCUGCCCGGCCGGCCGUAGACACCAUUGGCCCGCGCCAAGCUGCCAGGGACAGGGCUCGGAACAAAGUUGCCCGGACUCCGUUUCACUGCUGCUGUACAGGUAGCGCAGGUACAUUUCGCGCAUUGUGGUUCGUCGCUGCCCCUUGCACACAGUGCUCGGACGCGCACGGCCACGCGCCAGCGACACCGACAGGGGGCACACUUGGCGUCUUGGCAUGGGUGCACGCCACUCGGCCCCAUUCACCUUUCUUGUUGUUGCUGCCGC